CUCCCUCCGUUCUCUCUGUCUCUCUCUCUCGCCUUAGAUGGGGCUUCUUCUGGUGAUAACGACCCUUGUUUUUGUAUUCUUUCUUCUGACAGUUCUGACAGUGGCAUGGAUCACCUUCUUCACCUACUACUGGACUCCGAUGCACAUCAGGAGGUUCAUGAGGAGGCAAGGGGUGCACGGUCCGUCGCCCAAGUUCCUUGUCGGUAACCUCAAGGAUAGCGCUUCGAUGGUCUCGGCCUCUAUUGCCUCUGACAUGGAUUUCAUCAGCCAUGAUAUCGUUUCGCGACUCAUGCCCCACUACGUUCUCUGGUCAAAAAUCUACGGCAAGAAGUUCAUAUAUUGGUAUGGAAGUGAGCCGAGGUUGUGCCUGACGGACACUGACAUGAUCAAAGAACUGCUCUCCUCCAAAUAUGUGCAGCUCACUGGGAAAUCGUGGCUUCAGCGCCAAGGCUCAAAGAACUUGAUCGGCGACGGCUUGUUAAUGGCGAAUGGAAGCAAUUGGUUCCACCAACGGCACGUCGUUGCUCCCGCGUUCAUGGCAGACAAAUUAAAGAGUCAUGUUGGGUACAUGGUGGAGUGCACUAGGCAAAUGAUAAAAUCGUUGGUGGAGGAUGUCGGGUCAGGCCAGUCGGAGGUCGAGAUUGGAGCCUACAUGACACGCCUCACCGGCGAUAUCAUCUCCCGGACGGGGUUCGAUAGCAGCUACGAAAAGGGCAAGAAGAUUUUCCAGCUGCUCGAGCGUUUGCAGAGUCUUACUGCUCAGUCAAGUCGCUAUCUCUGGAUUCCUGGAAGCAGGUAUUUCCCUAGUAAAUAUCGUAGGGAGAUCAAGCAAUUGAAGGAACAAGUGGACAGGGUGCUAAUGGAGAUCAUCGAUUGCAGAAAAGAGGCUGCGGAGUUCGGAAGAAGCUCAGCGUCCGGCAGAGGCCUGUUAGAGAUGCUGUUGGAUGAGGUUCAGAAGAAGCGUGACGACGGCCUCAGCUAUAGCCUGAAAUUGGUGAUGGACGAAUGCAAAACCUUUUUCUUCGCCGGCCACGAGACUUCCGCACUCCUCCUUACCUGGACCAUCAUGCUCUUGGCCACCAAUCCAUCGUGGCAGGAAAAGGCCCGCUCUGAGGUCGCCGAGGUUUGCGGUCGCCUGCCUCCAUCCGCUGAGGACCUCCCCAAACUCACAUCGCUGCACCUGAUAAUCAAUGAAUCAUUGAGAUUGUACCCACCUGCCACUCUUCUGCCGCGGAUGGCUUUCCAAGACAUGAAAUUGGGAGACCUGAUGAUCCCCAAGGGGCUGUCGAUUUGGAUCCCAGUCCUAGCGAUCCACCACGACGAGGACAUUUGGGGUAAGGAUGCAAACGAGUUCCAGCCCGAACGCUUCGCCGGCAGAUCAUUUUCUCUGACCCGCCACUUCCUUCCCUUCGCUGCGGGGCCUCGCAACUGCGUCGGGCAGGCCUACGCAAUGAUGGAAGCCAAAAUAGUGCUAGCCAUGUUUCUUUCAGCAUUCAGUUUCACCAUAUCCAACAACUACCGGCAUGCCCCCAUCAAUGUACUCACCUUGAGACCCAAACAUGGUGUCCUUGUUCACUUGACACCGCUCGAUUACUAAGACUCAUCAAUUUUAUUGCCUAAAUGCAUCGGAUGGUUUCGAUGAAUAAGAUGCUUAAUUAAUAAUUAGGCACCGAUCGAGCAUGCAGUAUGGAGAGAGUAGUGCCAAACUGUUGCUAAACAUUGACAUUCAUAUACACCAUUUUUUAAUGAGUGUACGUUUAAGUAUCUUUCAUAUCAGAUUAAACUGACAGAUUAGCUAGCUAGUUAAAGG